AUCGAGCAGUUCAGCGCAGCAAAUGCCUCGAAUGAAUUCUCGAAUCGGUAGACACCAUGAGUUCAGCGCAGACACCCCGUUUCCGUCGAACUGUCGACACCAUGCGGCUCUCUCAAUCUAAAGGCCUCCUGCAGCCUCUAAACCGCUGUUUAAUAUUCUUCGUACUACACCUCGUCAGCAUCACUCACUCUAUGUCCGAAGCGCACGCGCUGCAGUCGCAAGCUCCGGUAGACCUCAACCAUAGCGCGUACGGCGUCACGUACAGUAUCGGCACUUCUGAUCCCGAUUUAAGUUCUAGUGAGCUGGACUUUGACGGAACGUCUUGGGAAGAUGAUUUUGAUGGUAUCUGGGAGGCAGAGCGGCAUCCCCGCGAGCUGAUGGCGAUCCCGCUGGGUCGCAGCCGCAACGCAACUGCCGACGCCAAGAAACAGCAGAUCCCUGAUGCUCUCCGCUACCCGGUUUGUCCGGGCGUCCGAGGUCGAGUGAGGCUGACCGUGGGAAUGGACACGGUGGGAACGGUCUGGAAGGGAUGGGGCACCUCUCUCGCAUGGUCCGGGCGGUACAUAAGCGGUUUGCCGCGGCGGCGGCGGGAGUUCCUCCUGGACCUGCUGUUCCACGCGCGCAAGGGGCUGGGGCUCACCAUCGCGCGCUACACCGUCCCCGGGGGCUACGACCGCCGCUACAGCCCGCGCCUGGCGCAGCGGGACGUGUUCCGCGGGUACAGCGACGCGCGCGGGCGGUAUAACUGGACGGGCGACUGGCGCCAGGUGUACGCGCUGCGCGGCGCGAAGCAGCGCGGGGUUGAGGUAUUCGACGCGGUGUGCAGCUCACCGCCCUGGUGGAUGACUAAGUCGCGCGACACGGCGGGGAACGCGGACGGUCGGCCGAAUAUUAAUCCGGAUUACUACGACGAUUACGCGGAGUAUAUCGCGCGCGUGCUGUGGCACCUGCAGAACGACCUGGAUAUUAAGUUCUAUAGCGUGGCGCCUUUUAACGAGCCGCUGGAGCCGUGGUGGCGAAAGGGGGGCGUGCGAGAGGGGUGUGCGAUGAGCGAGGGCGACGUCGUCCAGGUGCUGGGAAAGCUUCGCCCGCGACUGCAGCAGUACGGGCUGGACGACAUUUUCGUCGCAGGGGUCGACAGCUGGCCGUCGCAGACCCUCCUCGCGAUGUCGCGCGUGUUCGCACAGAACAGCGACAAGUGGGAGCAGCUCAACGUCCACGGGUACCGGUCGCCGGCUAGGAUGACGCCUGGAAGAGACGAGCGGCAGUUUAACGCGAUUAGGGACGCGGCGAGACGGCUGGGCAAGCCGCUAUGGCAGACGGAGUGGGGACCAGUGAACGUGCGCGGAUCUGAAAUGCAGAUCGCGUGCCUCAUGGCGCGAACGAUCAUCCAGCAUGUGAAUCUUAUGGGCGUGGAAGCUUGGUACCACUGGCUCGCGCUACAGCAGCCGAACCCCUCCGGCUGGGGCCUCAUCUGGCAGGGCUUUUCGUAUCGCGAACCGUUUCGCCCGGUGGUAACCAAGCAGUUUUGGGCGAUGUUACACUUCACGAGAUGGAUGCCGCCAGGCAGCCUGCCGAUUCUGGUGCGCAGCGAGUGCCAGCAUACUGUACUCGCUGUGUACUCCCCCGUUAAGCAUACAUUGGCGGUCACUGUGGUGAAUCAGGAGAAACGGGCGCGAAACCUGGCAGUGCAGAUUUCGGGUUACCACCUGUUAGUACCGCAGAGGAGGACCAGGUUACUGAUCUUUCGCACGUCAAGCAAGGAGAGCUACAGGAUGCGCUAUAGGGCUGCUUGGCCGGGCAGGAGGGUAACUGGAGUGUACAAUGUAACAGCCAUACGCGAUUCAGUUACCACCUUCGUGUGGGAUAAUGUGGCAGCUGGGGAUGACUACACUUCAGGCACGAAGCCCUCAUGGCAGAUAUACUGAGUUAAGUGAGAAACCUGCUGGCUGGUAUUCCAUGAUGGGACAGGGGGGGGGGGGGCUGGUUUACAUGGGUGGCAUGGACAGCGCAGGUUGUGCAUACCGUAGUACCUCUAUGCUGCACAGCAAUUCGAUUUGCUCUAAAGUACUCGCCAGAGGCUGCUGCUUUUGCUGGCAGCACACCCCAGUGAAAGCAACUGGCGAUGCGGGCAAGAAAGGGGGCGAACUGAUGGAAGGAGACCGGGGUGGUGGCAGGGGGUGGACGAGGAGUUGGUGCGCCUGGUUGCGCCUGCUGACCGGGGUGGACUCACUGCAGCGCAGCACACUCCUCUCUCAGUUGGGAUGGAACUGGUGCCUGGUGAUGCAUGAGACUGGAUGCAGCAUGUGCAGUGAGCAGCUGGGUAGGCUACCCACACCUGUGAUGGGGCAGGUUGCACAGCAAGCGUUGAGAGGGACGUGUGCAGCAGCAGCAGCAGCAGCAGCAGCACGUGGUUUAUUUGUGGAUUGAAGCAACAUGUCAGGGCUUGCACAAACCGUGCAUGAAGGCACUACACUGUGGUGUUAUCUGCUGCAAUGGCGAAAAGAGUACCGGCAUGUGACGCGGGGCCGGACCCCAUAGAGCCCAGCUGAUCUGCUGCUAAUCUGUCCGUUCCUUCAUUGAGGAAUGAUAGAAAGGGGCUCAUUAUUGUGCCUGACCAAACUUCUGACUAACUUGUACAGCCGCCCUUUCCAUAUUCUUGUUCUGCUGCAGCGAGUCUUUGUACAGAUUUGUCUGCUGUACCAGGCUCACAAGCCCCUUCAGGGGGCUGUUCUGUUAGAAAUUGUCAAUUUCUAUCAUA